AUGGACGCCGUCGUCCUCGUCCCCGACCACGUGCUCGACCCUCCUCCUCCGCCCCCGCCGCGGCUCUACGAGCGGCUUCGCCAAAUCGCCGGCUACACGUGGGAUGAGUCCAAGCCACCCUUCCACUCCACCUAUGACUUCUGGCACGUUUUCGGGACAAGAAUCGUCUCUCCCAUGUGCCCGACGCCGAGUUCGCAUCCCAAUGAAUCACUAGCCGGCUCACUGACGAGGCUGCAAUCCGGACGACCGUCGCCAUCCGAGAACGGGAAUCAUGCUCCGUUCGACGAUCUUCCAGGCCGGACAUCCGCGCCGCAACACCCCCCUACUCCCGCCCUUUCCAUCAUCUCGCCCGAGGCGUCGUGCGCCAGCGAAGAGCCAGUAGUAGCCCGGAUCUCGUACCACGCUGUGCGAGAAGAGCGAGCCUUUCAGAUCGCAAAGAGCGUGACCGCAACCGCCGAUCCCAAUGGGGACCACAUCGUCAAACCUCUCGACCUCAUCAGGCUGAGCCCCAUCCCGGGUGACCGUGGCGUCAUCGUCGUCGCUAUUUAUGCGCACCCUGGCCACAAUCUCCUCUACGACGUUCUCGACAUGGGCCCGGCGUUUUACACGGCGCGAAAGGAGCACGACGAAUACGUUUCGUACCAUAGCAAGGCUCUUGGGCUUCGACCGCCAAUCAACCUGGAGUACUUUCUCGACUUUGCCAUUGGUGCAGCUCAGUGCCUCGAGAUUCUCCACCACGGCCAAGGCAUGAUCCACGGCGAGAUCCGGGGCGACGCGUUCCACUUCAAUGCCGAGGAGAACAAGGUCAGGAUUGUCUCUUUCGGCUCUGGCGUUCGGUCAUUCGAGCACGGCUUGACGAGCACGGGCUGGUCCACGCUUUCCAGGGAGGUUGGCGCCAAGAAUAAGCUCCUCUACAUCAGCCCCGAGCAGACUGGUCGAAUGCCCGCCGAGCCGGACACGCGGACCGACAUCUACUCGCUCGGAGUCCUGUUAUGGACUCUCUUGGCGCAACAGCCCGUACACAGCGGAGACUCCCCGCUCGACAUAGUCCAGGGAGUACUCGGUCGGCGCAUCCCAAACGUGGCCACCGUGCGAAUGGACAUUCCCGACGUUAUAGGACGCAUAAUCCAAAAGUGCACCGCCAAGAACGUCACUGAACGCUACCACUCGGCCAGCGGCCUUCGCUAUGACUUGGCCAGAGUCCAACAGCUUCUCAGCGACGGCGAUUCGUCCGCCCUCAGAGACAUGAUGAUUGGAACAAAGGACGUGUCUUCCUUUUUCAUGCUGCCGUCCUCCAUGAUUGGGCGGCACGGAGAGAUGGACAGUCUCAUUCAGGUCAUCGAUCGCGCCUCCAGGUCGCACGCAGUGCACACCAAAGGUGCUGCGAGUCGAUUUCCCGACGGCUCAUCUCUGGCCAACGAAGCCGCCACGGCCGAUGAUAUGUCCAGCGGAGCAAGCUCAGUAGACGGCACCAAUCGCAGAAGCGGAUCCUUUGCCCACACGACAUCUUCAGAGCCCAAGCUGCCGCGAAACAGCAUCCAUCCGUCUCUCUUCUCCGACACAAAGACCCUUUCCAACGAAACCAUAUCUUCCUGCCACUCCGGUGCCUACUCCCGACUGCCGCGACCUUGGGAGCGCCACCAGUCCAUGUCUGCAGAAACCGUCAGUGCCGCUGAUAGCACGGGCUAUGAAUCUGCGCGCCCCGGCCCGGCCGAGUCGUCCGUUGGGUCCAGUCUGCCGCGACAGCUGGGAUCUGCCAAGUUUCGACGCCGAGGGCACUGCGAGAUCGUGACCCUUGAGGGCGCAGGCGGCCUCGGAAAGAGCAGCUUGGGCCUGAAGCAGUACGUCCGCCCGGUAUGGCCCAUGCUCCACCGAGCACUUGGGCUUCCCGAGUUUCUACUGGGCCCCCCCGAACCGGGGUCUUCCAAGUCCACGUCCGCGCAAAGCUCUGGAGCCCGGUGCAAUGGCCGAUCAGCGACGAAGCGCCGAGGGUCCUCGUCCCCAGGAUGCUCCCCCGCGCCCUCGGCGCCCAACCCAAAUAUGCCGCAACAAAGCUCGCAAGACUACCUCUGUGCUGGCACAGCGACCAAAACCACCCGUCUCAUGAACACUUGCCUCGAUAUCCUUCGCGUCUUCACGACGCACAAGUUCAUAACCUUUUGUCUCGACGACGUCCACUUUGCCGAUGAUGAGUCCUUGGAGCUCAUCAGUCAGAUCAUUGGUGCCAAGAUGAAGAUGGUCAUCAUCAUGACCUACCGCCCGGAAGAGCUCUCGCGGGAAAGGAUGGAGAGGAUAAUCUAUUCCUCGGAUGCAGACGAAAUCCAUCGGAACAAUCGUCCUGCAGUAACCAGGAUCACACUCUCCCCGUUGAGCGAGGACGACAUACUCGAAUAUGUCUCGACUCUCCUGUCACGGCCAAAAGAAGAAGUGUUGCCUUUGGCGCUUGUCAUUCAGUCCAAGACGGCCGGGAACCCUUUCUACAUGCGGGAGAUGCUGAGUGCGUGCCACCGCAAGAAAUGCAUCUGGUACGACUACCGAGAUAGCCAGUGGCACUAUGACCUGGACCGGCUGUUUGCCCAGUUUCAAGGCGAGAAGGACUAUGACGUUCUCGACACAGGAUUCAUCACGCAACGCCUGAGCGAAUUGCCUCCUGCGGCUCGAGCAGUCUUGGCCUGGGGGGCUCUCUUGGGCAACUCGUUUUCCUUUGAGCUCAUAGCGCGGCUGAUGGGAGGGGAGUUCGAGUACGACGACGACCUCGAGAACUGCUGCGAGGAUAUUCCGCGAUGUCCGUUCUCCGAGAGAGAGGCCAUCGCUGGCCUGCAGGCCGCGAUCCAAGCCUACAUCGUUGUGCCAAGCGAGACCGACGACCGCUUCCGCUUUGCGCAUGAUCGCUACAUUCACGCCUCGGCGGCCUUGAAGGAGUGCAACGCUCGACGGAUGCACUUCAUCAUUUCGCAGACACUCCUCAAGUACUACGGCGUGGAGUCGAGGCAACGUGACAGUACCGCCUCGCACAUAUGCGAGGCUGUCAGCAUCAUCAGACGCCGCGUGCCCGUCCGCCGAGAAUUUCGCAAGCUGCUGACGGAGUGCGCCCAAGCUGCGACGGAGAACGGCGCCCGACCAACGGCCGCAAAGUACUACAGUGCAGCGAUAGACCUGCUGCAGGUUACGCCCUGGGUCGAUGGCGCCGAGGACGUGACGUACGAAGAAACGAUGCAGCUUCACCUUCGGUCGGCGGAAUGCUACUUGUUUAUGGGCCAGCUCCCGGCUGCCAACGAUCUCUUGUCCAUCAUCUUCGCCAACGCGAGGACCCCGAUUGACAAGGCGCCGGCGUACGUGCUGCAGUCGCGGAUAUUCGCACAGAAUGGCAAUGCCUUGGCCGCCUUCAUCUCUCUCAAGGAGUGUCUGGCUGCUCUUGGCGUUUCCCUAGGUGACGAGCCAACGUAUGAGAAGUGCGACGAGUGGUUUGAGAGACUCACGACGCAAAUCCGGCAAAUGGAUCGUUCGGCGCUCUCAAAGCCCACCAAGUCGAGCGAAGCCAUCAUCGCGUCCAUCGGUGCCGUGUUAUCGGAGACGGCAAGCGCCGCGUGGUGGAGCGACUGCCUGCACUUUUACCACCUGACGCUGGUGAUGCUCGAAGUGCACCUUAGCCGGGGCGCGUUUCCGCAGUCUGGCAUGGCCUUUUUGAACCUGGGCGUCGUCGCCUUGUCUAGGUUCAACAUGACUCAGUUCGCCGUGGAGCUGGGGUCCAUUUGCCAAGACAUGCUCUACCAGCCUGGAGACGCCUUCACAAUCGCGCGGGGUCAGAUGAUGCACGCCUGCUGCAUCGGCCACGUCCAAUACUCCGUGGCCCUAACCGUAACCCAGUUGGAAGACGUCAUUGAGAUGGCGUCGGUAGGCGGAGACCGCAUGUCAACCAUACUGAGUUACGGGCUCUGCGCACAGGCGAAGUUUUUCGCGAGCGAGAACUGUGCGGACCUCGAAGGCUUCUGCCAUUACGGCUGCGAAGACAUUCCCAACUGGUCCUUUGACACUCGAGGCGGCGCCCUCCUUGUCGCAAUCAGGCAGACGUGUCGAGCGCUACAAGGCAAGACACAGGUCCACGAUGCCGUUGGCGUGCUGAGCGAUGAGCAGCACGACGGGCUUGCGUACAAGAGCUGGCUCACGAGCCAGACCCAGGAGAGCAACCGGUCAUCGCUCUUUUACGAGGGCAUGGAGCUCGUUGCCUUGUUCUUGUUUGGUCAUUACGAGCGCGCUGUCGAGAUUGGAAGGAAAUGCUGCGAGCUGCUUUCCAUGCUCUGGUCGGCGCGGAACAGCAGACUCAUACUGCUGUUUCAUGGCUUGGCUCGGACCGGCCAGCUGUUGAGGCGAAUGCAGGACCCCCGCUAUCAGUCAGAAGAUUUCUCUGCCCAGACAGACGAGAUGGUGGCAGAGUUGCACCGCUUUGUCAAGAUGAUGGUGGACUGGUCAGCCGUUUCCGACGUCAAUUACCGCUCGUGGUCACGGCUGCUCGAGGCGCAGAUAGCGGAACUGUCGGGGGAGCACGGCCAGGCCAUCCAGCACUACGAGGAGGCCCUGGACCACGCAGCCGAGCAGGACUUUGUGUUCGAGGAGGCGCUUGGGAAUUACCUCAUGGCGGGAUUCUUCAUUCGGAGAAAAGCCAGGAGGUCCGCUCGCGCCGCACUGCAGGACGCUGUCGGCCUCUACCGGCAGAUAGCAGCGACCGGCGUGGCCGAGGCUAUUGAGAACGAACACAGCUUGCUGCUGCACGGCCCGACGCGGAACCAUCGGACAGUUGAAGUCGGCAUCCAGACCGACUUCGUUGGCGAUGCCUCCUCUGUCCAAUACCGACCCGUCAACGGAGAAGACGCCGACGAGUUGAGACAGUUUCCGACAAACGCCAUGUCUGACCUGAAGGGUGAUCGCAUCGGGGCUUGGAGAGGCUCCAUGAACAUGCAGACCGAGGACGGCGCUGGGCUGCCUGCUCUCGAUAUGAUCGAUCUGCAUGCCAUUCUGGUGUCCUCGCAAGUCAUCUCGUCAGUCUUGCAGGUGGAGGAGCUGCUCAAGACCAUGUGCGAUGUGAUCCUGCAGACGUGCGGGGGCUCCGCGACGCGGGCUGCCAUUGUCGUCCAGGAAACAGACGCGGACUCGUGGUGUGUUGCCGCGAGUGGCAACCCGGAGAGGGGGGCAUCGGCGCACAAGCCGGGCCUGCCGCUCGCCGGCACGUCGUUGAUUGCGGAGAACGUGGUGCUGUACUGCACGCGCUUUCUCGAAUCCGUGUUCAUCCCGGACCUGCUCGCCGACGAGAGGUUCGGCAACGUCAACGAGGCAUGGCUGCAGAGAAACCCCGUGGGCAAGGCCAUCAUUGCCAUCCCAAUCUGUCACGGCACGAAACCGCUGCUCGGCGUCUUGUACCUCGAGGGCGAGCCGGGCUCUUUCACGGACCGCAACGUCACUGUCCUACAGCUCCUUGUGAACCAGAUUGGUAUCAGCUACUCCAACGCCUUGUCGAUGAAAAACGUGGAGAAGAUAUCGGCCGAGAAUCGAUCCAUGGUGUCGGUGCAGAAACGGGCUCUCGCCAAGGCCCUGGAAGCCGAGAUGAAGGCCAAGAAUGCCGAGGCCGAAGCCAAGCGAAACGUCAAGCUGGCGGAAGAGGCAGCCAAGGCCAAGUCCAUCUUUCUCGCCAACGUCUCUCACGAGCUGCGGACCCCUCUCAACGGCGUCAUCGGCAAUUCGGAGCUGCUCCGGGACAGCAACCUCAACAAGGAGCAGCUGGAGAUGGCCGACUCGAUUCGUGUGUCGGCCGAUUUGCUGCUGACUGUCAUCAACGACAUAUUGGACUUUUCCAAGAUGGAAGCCGACAAGAUGAAGCUGUACAUCAUCGCGUUCAAUCCGGAGGAGAUGGUUCGCGAGGUCGUGCGGGCCGUUUCCUACAGCAACCGGGAGAAGACGUCGAAGAAGAACGUCAAGAUUGUACAGGACAUCAAUCUGCCCCCCAUGCUCAUCUUCGGGGAUCCCAUUCGCCUCCAUCAAGUGCUGGGCAACCUCAUAGGCAACAGCCUCAAGUUCACCGAGGAUGGAUCCAUCACGAUCGGCGCUCGGCUUGACUCGGAGACGAGUGAGAAGGCUACACUGACGUUUUGGGUGCGGGACACGGGCAUCGGCAUCCCGCCACAGCAGCUGGCGAAGCUCUUCCAGCCAUUCAGUCAGGCGGACGCUAGCACGGCGAGGAAGUACGGGGGAAGCGGCCUUGGACUGAGCAUUUGCAAGUCACUCAUUGAGAUCAUGAUGAAGGGAAAGAUCCAGCUGGAGAGCGAGGAGACGGUGGGGACAACGGCCUGGUUCACUGUUGCGUUUGACAAGGCCAAGCCCGACGUCUCGGCGGGCGAUGCACAGUCAAAGUCGUCGCCACCCAUCGAUCGAUACUCGGCGACGACCUCGGCCUCGGAGCGGGCCGCGUCGCCGAACCCGUUCCUCGACCUAACGCGGAUGUGCAAGGAGGACGUCCGCAUCUGCGUCGCCGAAGACAAUCCGAUCAACCAAAAGAUUGCCAUACAGUAUGUCCAGCGGCUGGGCUACACAUCCAAGGCCAAGGAGGGCAAACCCUACCACAUCGUCCUCAUGGACGUUCAGAUGCCCGUGCUGGACGGGUACGAGGCCACCAAGCUGCUCCGGAAGGACUCGAUCGAGGCGGUUCGCAAGGUGCUGGUGAUUGCAAUGACGGCCUCGGCCAUUCAGGGUGACAGGGAGAAGUGCUUGGCGGCCGGCAUGAACGACUAUCUUGCCAAACCCGUGCGCUCCGAGGUGCUCAAGCGGAAGCUAGAUGCAUACGUCAACAACGCGAGGCCCAGCUUGCCUGAGGUGGCUCGAGAGCCCCCGAGCCCCUUGACUAUACCCGGGCCAGUCACCAAUGGACCCCUGAUCCCGUCUCCGAAAGCAUCCCCGCCGGCGAAGGUUAGCAUAACAGUCUCGGACUCCAUUUCGGGCGACGCCAACUACAACGUGCCCCUGGACUCGCCCCCUCUUGCCGACAAUGGCCCCGCCUCCAGCGCGCAGCAGUCGGCGCCAAUGGCGAUGCCCAUUCGUGGAGAAUUGGCUCACGACGGCAGGUUGUCGUGCACGAACCAGGCACCCAACGGGAGCCACGCCAUGGCGAAGCCUCAGAAGAGGCAGGCCUUCAAAGGGAGCAAGGGUCGGGGCAACAGCGAGACGACGACUGAGAAGCCUCCCGUCGAUGACGGAUCCCCGGGCAUGCUGACCAAGAAGGUGCCUCAGCAAGCUCCGCAAACUCCAAGCAAAACAAAGCCGGGGCAACGUCAAGACGCCGUGACGGCCACGCAGAAAUCGCCGACCCGGUGA